UAAACCCAGACAUCACUGACAGCUCCAUCCUGUCUGCUGUGGAGCCUCUGACACGUUCAGGAAUCCUGCCAGUAGUUAGUGGUGGGAGAGGACGCUGACUUUUUAAGAGGUGUGUAUCGUACACUGUGCUUAGUCCUGAGAAAGGCAGAGACUGUACAGCGCCCAAAAAUGAAGACACUUGCGACACUCAUCGCCCUUAUGGUCAUUGCGACUAUUUUCACCGAUGCGUCACCCAUCCUCCCGGAGAAACAAGCCAAGCAGGUAUUGAGAGCGAAGCGUUCAGAGAGAGAACGGAAAGCUGGACAUGCUGAUGAGCCAAUGAGGGAAUACAUGCUCUACUUGCAACGCCUAGAGCAGCGAUCAGAGGAGCAGUUUUAUGAACAUUGGUGGAACCCACAUUGCCAGCCCCACUGCAACCGCAACAUUGUUAAUCCUGUUUAAAAGUCUGAAUUUGGACUUCCCGUAAAUAAGAUCACAAUAUGAAACAAGGAAAACCUGCUGGUGUGUAUAAACGCAAUCCCCCAUGAUGCAGCAAAAACCAGAUAAAACGGACUGCACAACAUGGCCUAUGAAACCCUUCUUACAAGCUAAAAGCGUAAUACUGCAAGGAAUAUAAUCAUGUGGACCAAACAGAGUUGAAGGUUUGGUCAUCGAUCAAGACAAACCAAAUAUCACGUUAUUGCCUGUACAUAGCCUGGAGUCAAAUUAAUUUCUGAAAAGCAUGGAAGCCUACUGUAUCCCUGCUAGAGGUUUCAUCUGUGCUUUUGUUCAUAUUAUAUCAUUUUACCAGACUUUGUAUUCAAUAACGGACAUUUAUACACGCUCCUUCAACCAAAUCACAUCAAGAGGAAAGCAAGAAGUAACAGAUCCACAUAAAACAGUAUCUGUACACUUUUCUGAUGAUAUUACACUACAGUGAGCAGUUCUUGUAACCAUUUAUUGGGAGAAAAGACAAAUAAAAGUCAUAGAUUAUUAAGAAGUUAUACACUUUAGAAGACCUUCUACACAGAUGCACAUACGUUUGCAUCCUGUCUACAUGAAGUGAUAUCCACUCACAUGUACUGAGCAUAAUAUAUAACUCAAAAAUUGAAACAGUGACAGAGGAUGCUGUUUGUACUCUCUAUAGCGCUGUUCUUAAUUCUUGACAUAAUAGCUCACAAGUAAAGCUUUAUUCUCCUCCGUGAUCCGUCCAAAUAAAAUUUAUUCUGCUCCCAAUUGAGAUUUGUUCUCGUCCCCUUAUCUCACACAAACCUUGUCCAGAGAAUAAUAGACAGUAUAAUAUAAUUACUAUAUAACACUAGUAAUUGGCUGGAUCAUGAUGAUAGCCUGUAAAUGGCCAAAUGCUAGAUGAGAUAUUUACAAUAUUUACUUUUAUAUGCUAACCUAUUCUGUCUUUACAUUGUUACAGUUUAUAUGCAUGAUUUGUAUGAAAUGCUACAAUAAAAAUGAUUGCAAAUUUAA